AUGGUAUAUCAAAGUUUAAAUGAGAAAUCUUCAUCUUCAUCAGUGGAUACAAAUUUAGAACCUAGUGAAGUCUUAUGGAUUGGGUUUCCUGCGGUGCUGAAGGUGGAUGAGACAAUUCUAAGAAAUGCCUUUUCACUAUUUGGUGAAAUUGUGAACAUUACUGCAUUUCCUGGUCGCGGCUAUGCCUUUGUCCGCUUCGGAAGUUUAAGGUCAGCUUGCAGGGCUAAAGAUACUCUUCUUGGAAAUUUAUUUGGCGAUCCUCGUGUGCACAUUUGUUUUGCAAAGAGUGAGUAUACUUCCAGGGGACGGAAUCCUGUGGAAGCCCCUUCCUCCCCAGAUAUCAGGCCAUUUUCACGCAUUGAAGCUUCUCAUGAGAAGUUGCGACAUAAUAAAAGAAGCUAUGAGAACAUAUCUAGAGUUCCCAAAUUGGCGCCCCCUCGGUUUAUUACUGAUAUGGAGUCCCAGGAUCCUGAUCUUGUGCUUUUCCAGAGGAAGGGUAAUGAAAAGCCUAUUAUUGAUGGUGCAUCUGAACGAGGAUUCCAAGAUCUGGGUCCAGAGCUGCGACCUCCGAGGAGUGUUUAUGAGCACCAAAGUAGUCCUCCAAGAGAUAGAGGUGCCCACUUCCGUGAUUAUUCUCAACUAGAUAUUCCUAGACAAGGUCAGUUAUAUGAUAAUGCUUGGAACUUGCCAGAAGAUCCAACGCUUUUUCAUGAAUCUAAGAAACCAAAGAUCAGUUUUUUUCCACAUGAAAAUGAACUUCCCGAGUAUUAUUUUUGUGAUCCUGAACGAGUAAAACGUGAGUUGCCUAAAAUACCCGAUUACCACCAGCUUGAUGCCUACAACAAGAACUUCUGUUAUGGAUCUUUUGGGCAUGAACAGAUCCCUGAUAGAGCGAUAAAUGAAAAGCAGCCAUUUGGUGAGAGAAGUGAACACUGGAAUAAACCAAGUAAUGGUUUCCAGACUAGACCUGUUCCAUUUCCUCCAAAUCAUGUCAAAUGGAAGAGACCAUCUGAAGAGUUGAAUGAGCCUUCUCCAAAUGAAGUUUGGGAAUGGGAAGGAACUAUCGCAAAAAGAGGAACUCCAGUUUGUCGUGCUCGCUGUUCUCCGGUGGGAAAACUGCUGGAUAUUAUACUGCCUGACUUUCUGGAUUGCACAACAAAGACCGAUAUAGACAUCCUGGCAAAGCAUUACUAUGAAUCUGUCAGUUCUUGGGUAGUAACUUUUUUUCCUUAUAGCGACGCUGAUAUUGCAUCUUACAAUGAACUCAUGAAUUAUUUGGGGAAAAAGCAGAAAGCUGCAGUUGCUAAAAUUGACGAGAACACCACUUUAUUUCUUGUUCCUCCUUCAGAAUUUUCUGACGAAGUACUAAAAGUUCCAGGGAAACUUGGUAUCUCUGGUGUUAUUUUAAGGUCUGAAAAUCUUGGUCCCAGUAUUCAGUCUCUUCAUAAUCCGAUUGAGAGAAACGACACAAGUUACGGGUCUUCCUCUGUGGCUCCUUUUUCAGAUCAGGGAAACCUUGGAGUACAGAAUGUACAUUUCCUGGCAAAGUUUCCUACUCCCCAACCUGCAUCUUUUGAAGGCCCUGAUCAUAUUGCUAGAAGCCUAGAACUACACCUCCCACCAUUAAUGAUAACAGGCAUAUGUAUCAGCAUAACCCAUCACAGGGUUCAAAAUGGCUGGCAGGCAAUCUGGAAACCCACAAUGCUGGUGCUGGAAACCGAGCAACACAACCAUUCAGCGCUCCCUUCGAUUCUGUCAGCCGAGAAUACAACUCUGCAACAGUGCCAUGUUAUGCGGACUACCCACCAGGGUUUUCUGGGACCGCUUUUGCUGGAAGCACUAACCCUUCCCAUGAAACACCACCAUCUUCGUCUGCAACUCUCCGACCAGAACAACUUGCGCAGCUGGCAGCAUCUCUUCUUGGGCAAUUAAGGCAACCAGAGGUCCCGUCAGAAAGCCAAGAUUCCAGCCCCUCGAGCCACACAAAUCAGUCGGAGGUUUCAGCAAUUACAGUGCAACAAGAAGUACAACCAUUCCAGCAGAAUUCAGGUACACGUGAAGAUGGAGACUCAAACUACCAGAAACGGCUGCAAGCAACACUAAAGCUGGCAGGAGAUCUUCUUCACCAACUUCGGCAAACGGAAGAAAAGUGAAGUCAUGGUGAUACUUACUUUUUGCAUCAUUGCAUGCAGCUACAAUCGUUCGUUAAUUGGUGACUAAAGAAAAAGAUAAUUACAUGUUGCUUUGGAUAUCUUGUUUUAAACU